AGCUAACAACAAAGACAAAAAUAACAAGGCGGGAACUACACUCCGAAACCAGAGGAGGGACCAAUCCGCAAAUACCCAAAACUCCAAGCCCCUAUUUCCCAAACCAAAAUAAACCCAAAAAAAUCAAUAUUCACUCCCCCAAUUCCCAACUAAAAACAUCACAUCUUUCCUUUCACUCCCCCUAUUUUCGAAACCCUCACAGAUUUCCGGACAAACAGAACCGAACUCCAGCGAGUAAUAUCUUCGUUGUGAAAUUCCGUUAUAACGGAUCGGGUCCUCAUAAUUCCGGCAUUUCCAACAUUUCGGAGGAAUUUCGAUUCCUCCGGCCACCCCGAAGCUCUUUCUCUGAUUGGUUGUGUUCUUUCAAAACCAGCACUGCGUCUGCGAUUGAUAACAAGGAACAAGGCAUUCCUACAGAUUUUAUGAUGAGCAUCCAGUCAGAGUCACAAAGAAAUGGAAACGGGGGGUCAGAGCUGCAAAAAGAUGAAAAUGGGGGGUCAGAAUCACAGAAAGAUGGAAAUGGGAGAUGCAAAAUCUCAAAUGGGACUUCUAGUAAAGAUGCUAAACUAGUGGAAAGCUCCGGCAACACAAUUGAUGGUAACGAGAUAUUAGCUCUGGUGGAAUGGUUAAAUUAUAUCGUUCCUUAUUUAAGAUUGCCGACGGAUGCUUCUGAGGAGGAAAUUAGAGCCUGCUUAAUUGAUGGCACUGUUUUAUGCAGAAUUUUAAAUAAGCUGUGUCCUGGUUCAGUUGAAAUGGGAGGGAGUUCAGACCCUGGUUUUGCAAAUGUCAAAAGGUUUCUGGUGGCUGUGGAGGAGUUAGGAUUCCCUCCGUUUGAGCUUUUGGACCUAGAACAGGGAUCUCUGGUGCCAGUUAUGCGGUGCCUCAGUGCACUCAAAACUUCAUUUGAUUUUGGUUUUUGGGAAGGGAACACUAAAAAUGAAACAAAGACAGGAGGGGAGUUGUUGGAGAUAGAAUAUUUAAGGAAAAUUGAUCGUAAUCAAUCAUUCAAGAGAUACGGACAACAGGGUACUCAAAAUAGAGAAGGGACACAAGGAAAUUCAGAUGACUCAACUUCUGAAGUGACAGUUCCACCAGCUCUUCUAGAACAACUGAAGCAGGGGACUAAUGUGGAUCUCUGUGAUGUCAAGAUUUUGGAAUCGAUCAAAUCAACCAGUUUAGAUAAUGCAUCUACUCGGGCACUUUUCACUGUUGGGAAUAGGAUUCUGGAUGACAGUGCUGAGAGAAAUAACGGGGAUGUACCUCAACAUCUGGCGUAUCUUCUGAGAAAAGUCAUGCAAGUGAUUGAACAACGAUUUGCGAAUCAAGCAGUGAACUUAAGAAUUCAAAACAAUAUGUACAAGGGCCGUGAGGAGAAGUAUCAAAUGAAGAUGAAAGUGCUUGAAACUCUUGCAUCAGGGACCAGCGAAGAAAUUCAGGUUGUUCUGAACCAGCUUAAGCAAAUGAAGGUUGAGCAGUUCAAUAUAGAGGAGAAGCAGAAAAUCGAGGAGCAGGAUGUACUGAGAUUAAAGGAAGAGAAGGAGCAGAUGGGUUUGGAGAUUUCGACAUUAAAACAAGAACUGCAAACGACUAAAAGUACACAUGAAAGCCACUGCCUGCAGUUAGAAGCAAAUGCAAAAGAAGCUAAACUUGAAUUGGAAAGGAAGUUGAAAGAACUUGAGUCCUUACUAACAGGUUCAAAGAAGAAUGAGAAAGAACUAGAGACAUCUUUAGAAUCUGUAUCAGGGAAAUGGAAACAGAAAGAAGGAUCUUACCAAAGUUUUGUAAAUUAUCAAGUUGGAGCUUUGAAGGAACUAAGUGCUGCUUUGGAAUCUACACGAUGUGAAAUCAUGAGUGCAAAACAAAGUUACUUUGAAGAAUUUAAUUGCAUGGGAUCGAAGCUUAGAGGAUUAGCAGAUGCGGCCGAAAAGUACCAUGUAGUUCUUGCUGAGAAUCGAAAGCUGUACAAUGAGGUUCAGGAUUUGAAAGGUAAUAUCAGAGUAUACUGUCGAAUAAGGCCAUUCCUUCCUGGGCAAAGCCAGAAGCAGACCACCAUAGAGUAUGUUGGUGAAAAUGGUGAUUUGGUGAUUGCAAAUCCCUCUAAACAAAGAAAAGACAGCCGCAAGCUAUUUAAAUUUAAUAAAGUAUUUGGUCCUGCUGCUACACAAGAGGAGGUAUUUCUAGACACCCAACCAUUGAUUCGUUCUGUCCUUGAUGGAUACAGUGUUUGUAUAUUUGCUUAUGGUCAAACUGGUUCAGGAAAGACCUAUACAAUGAGUGGGCCCAGUGUAACAUCAACAGAGGAAUGGGGUGUCAACUAUCGAGCCCUAAAUGACCUUUUCCAAAUAUCUCAGAGCAGGAAAAGCUCCAUAGAAUAUGAAGUUGGUGUUCAAAUGGUUGAGAUAUACAAUGAACAAGUUCGUGAUUUACUCUCAAGUGAUAGUUCUCGAAAAAGACUUGGGAUCUGGAAUUCUACCCAACCAAAUGGGUUAGCUGUCCCUGAUGCAAGCAUGCAUCUUGUUAACUCAACUGCUGAUGUCCUAGAGUUGAUGAAUAUUGGCUUGGCAAAUAGGGCAGUCGGUGCUACCGCCCUAAACGAAAGAAGUAGCAGAUCUCACAGUGUUCUGACUGUUCAUGUUCGUGGCGUGGACUUGAAGACUGACACUGCUAUCCGCGGUAGCCUACACCUAGUGGAUCUUGCUGGCAGCGAACGAGUGGAUCGCUCUGAAGCUACCGGAGAUAGGCUUAGGGAGGCACAACAUAUAAACAAAUCAUUGUCAGCCCUUGGAGAUGUAAUCUUUGCUCUUGCGCAAAAGAAUGCACAUGUGCCAUAUAGAAAUAGCAAAUUAACUCAAGUGCUCCAGAGUUCUUUAGGGGGCCAAGCAAAGACGCUCAUGUUUGUACAGCUUAAUCCUGAUACUCAAUCAUUCUCUGAAACUUUGAGUACACUGAAGUUUGCAGAGAGGGUUUCUGGUGUCGAAUUAGGUGCUGCAAAAAGCAACAAGGAAGGAAGAUAUGUAAGAGAGCUUAUGGACCAGGUGGCAUCGUUCAAAGAGACGAUUGCCAAGAAAGAUGAGGAGAUUGAUCGAUUGCUGAAGGCCAAUAGUAAUGGGGUGUACCGUGGCAUGAGCCCACUAAGAUCUGCAUCUUCCUCUCCAAGAAGAUACUCGAUUGGGAGUCCUCGACAGAGAAAAACCUCAAGCCUAGUUGAUAAAGUGGCUCCAUACAGGGAUAGUUUGUCGGAGGCGGCAUAUGAUAAGCAUUCUGAAGUUAGUUCUCAGCUGUCAAUGGAUGACUUUAGACAUCAUAAGCAGAGGUCAAAACUUGGAGGCGAUGCAAGUCAAAAUAUUAAUGAAGGUGAUGCAAGUCAAAAUUUUAAUGAAGGCGAUGCAAGUCAAAAUUUUAAUGAAGACUUUGAGCUCUUGGGCUUUGGCGAUGAAGAUGCUGGGGAGAGAUUGAGCGACAUAUCUGAUGGUGUUCUUUCAAUGGGAACAGAAACCGAUGGUUCAAUGUCCAGUUCUGCUGUGGAGUUUACUCUUUUUCCUGAAGUUACAAAACCAACGGAACGCACAACUACUGAAACUCCAGAAGCCAAGAAAACUCAAGCUCAGAAUGCUCUAGGCGAGAAGACACCAUCCCAUCCGACUGUAAGGUUUGCACCAAUAUCUAAACUUCCAAAGCCAACACCUAAGUUGGUCGAUACAAAAGCCACUCGUUCAUCAUUGGUUAGAAGCUCGUCAAAGGUUUUGCCGAGUCCUAGGAAAGCUACUGCUGGAAGCAGCACCUCGUCGGUGAAGUCUGGCAAACGAUGGCAAUGAACAAUUUGGAAAGCGAUAGAGUUUGUUACAUAAUUGGCAUUGUUGUUAGAAACUCACUGUAUUGUACUGUGUAUUCAUAAUUAUGCUGCUUCCUUCUAGGCCGUUAGUAGUUUCCAGUUGUCUUUAUAUUGAAAUGACAAGUGGAAACUUCAAACAUCAAAAUCACCUUGUAAUAUAUGUACUAUUAAUUGUCAUAGUACAACUUUUAGUUUUUAGAUC